AUGCUGUGGGAGUGCGCGGUUAGCUGCCGCCAGUACUGGAGGAACGUGGGACAGCCGGAGGGGAUCGUGUCGGAGCAGGACACUGACCAUCAUUUCGUACAUCGAAGCACCAUUCCUACCAUGCAUUUCCAGCCCAGCUUGCCCAGGUUGCCUAUUCCUAAACUGGAGGACACUAUUAGUAGAUACUUAGCUGCUCAGAAGCCGCUAUUGAAUGAUGAACAAUACAGACUUACUGUAAAAAUUGCUACAGAGUUUGGAAAAGGAGAGGGGAAGAUCAUACAUCAUGAUCUUCUUGAACAUGAUCGGAUUAAUAAUCAUACAAGUUAUAUAUCAGGACCCUGGUAUGACAUGUAUCUUUCUGCGAGAGAUUCAAUUGUUUUCAACUACAACCCUUUCAUUUCUUUAAAUCCUGAUCCCAAACCUGGAUACAAUGAUCAAGUGGUUAGAGCAACCAAUCUUGUUGUUUCAUCGUUAAAGUUUCUUAACACCUUGAAGAAUGACUAUUUACGGCCAGAUAUAUAUUAUGUAAACCGCAAAUGGGGUCAAAGCAAAAUGUUCAAACACUUCAUCCGUGCUCUUCCAUCUAAUCUAUCCUGGUAUGGAGCAUAUUUAGUGAAUGCUUAUCCUUUAGACAUGUCACAGUAUAAAUCUCUCUUCAAUAGUACCAGGAUACCUAAUUUAAGUAAGGAUACAUUAUUUACAAGUGAAUUUGCAAGACAUUUGUUGGUGAUGAGAAAUGGUCAUCUUUAUGUUUUUGAAGUACUGGAUCCGUUUGGUAACAUUCUACAUCCAUCUGAAAUUCAAGCUCAUUUAGCACAAAUAAUAUUUGAUGCUGAUCGUUUGCCUAAAUUUGAACUUUCAUAUCUCACAACUGAAGAAAGAAAUACUUGGGCAAAUGUAAGGCAGCAACUUGUCCAAAACGGUAAUGAAGAAAACUUGAAGAAAAUUGACAGUUCAGUCUUCUGCCUUUGUUUAGAUGAUGCUUCCCCGCAAGAUGAAAUUGAACUCACUCAUUGUUUUCUUCAUGGAUAUGGUUUUAAUCGCUGGUUUGACAAAUCCUUUAGUAUGAUUGUCACUAGUGAUGGAAAUGCGGGAAUAAAUUUUGAACACUCUUGGGGAGAUGGUGUUGCAAUUCUGCGUUUUGUUAAUGAAGUCUAUAGAGACAGUACAGAGCAUCCAGCUCUUGUGCCAGAAUCCAGUCCAGCUUUAUUUGUUCCAGCUUCUGACAAGCUUGAAUUUAAUCUGAAUAAUUCAAUAACAUCUGCAAUAAAUGCUGCACAUAUGAAAUUUAAUGAAACAUUGAAAAGGUUUACCGUAAAAGCAUUUAGAUAUGAAAAAUAUGGGAAAGAGUAUAUAGUGAAUAAAAACUUGAGUCCGGAUGCUGUGUUUCAACUUGCUUGUCAAAUGGCUGUUUAUCAUCAAUUUGGAAAAUUUCUUCCUUCUUAUGAAGCAUGUAGUACUGCAGCUUUUAAACAUGGUCGCACUGAAACAAUUCGACCAACAUCUAUGUACACUGUAAAGUGUACAAAAGCAUUUAUUGCUGAACGAGGAAAGCAUAGCAUUCAAGAUAAGAGAAAUAUGAUUGAAGAAUGUUCGAUGUACCAUAGACGCUUGCAGUUGGAAGCUACAUUAGGUUAGGCCUUUUCAAUACUUUGUUAUUUUAUUUUAGUCUUGUGAUAAAGUCUAGGAAUGAUACUUACGUGGACUGUCAAAUAAUUUGUGUCAUUUAACCUUAUAGAAUAUGAAAAGAAUGGGAUUUCUGUU